ACAUUCAGUUCCUGACUUUGGGAUGCUUAAAAUAUCACAUAAACUGAGAUUUUCUCAAUUGUUUUCUAUAUAUCAUCUCUGUUUUAAACAGAACAGAACAGAGCAUCUCCAUCGUCAGUAAUCAGUAUAACUUCCUUCCGGUGGAUAUGACGGCGAAACUAAUGCACGCUGUUCAGUACGAUAGUUAUGGUGGAGGAGCUGCCGCUCUGAAGCAUGUUGAUGUAGCAGUCCCGAGUCCAAAGAACGAUGAGAUUUUGUUGAGGGUGGAAGCAAUUAGUUUAAAUCCAGCUGAUUGCAAAAUUCAAAAGGGCAUGGUGCGCCCUUUUUUGCCUCGUAGGUUCCCUUUCAUUCCUUGUACUGAUGUGGCAGGAGAAGUUGUAGAGGUUGGAGGAGGAGUCAAAAACUUCCAGCCUGGUGAUAAAGUUGUAGCGCAUCUCAGUUUUCAUACGGGAGGUGGACUGGCCGAGUUUGCAGUGGCCAAGGAGAGUCUCACUGCUGCUAGGCCGCCCGAAGUUUCAGCAGCUGAAGGGUCAACCUUUGGUAUUUCUGGUCUCACAGCCCAUCAGGCUUUAACUCAGAUUGCUGGGAUCAAGCUUGAUGGAAGUGGCAAGCAGGCAAACAUUUUGGUCACUGCCGCCUCAGGUGGCGUUGGUCAUUUUGCAGUUCAGCUAGCAAAACUCGGAAAUACACAUGUAACAGCCACGUGUGGAGCUCGGAACAUUGAAUUUGUAAAGAGUUUAGGGGCUGAUGAGGUUCUAGAUUACAAGACUCCUGAGGGAGCAGCGCUGAAGAGCCCAUCUGAUCGAAAGUAUGACGCUGUUAUACACUGCGCCACGGGGAUUCCUUGGAGUACAUUUGAGCCUAAUUUGAGUGAACAUGGGAAGGUUAUAGAUUUCACCCCAAAUGCUAGCGCAAUGAUGACUUUUGCUUUCAAGAAACUGACCUUCUCGAAGAAGCAGCUCGUGCCUAUGAUGGUGACGGUUAAGGCUGAGAAUUUGGAUUAUCUUGCGAAAUUAGUGAAGGAAGGGAAGCUGAAGGUAGUUAUUGAUUCGAAGUAUGCAUUUAGCAAGGCCGAAGAUGCUUGGGCUAAGAGUAUCGAUGGUCAUGCUACUGGAAAGAUCGUUGUUGAGCCAUAAAAUAAUAUAGUCAGAUAUUUACUACAGUACUCUAUGAAAUGUAUUCCCUUUGUAGAUUCAAUAAAAAAUAUGGGAUGUAUUAUGUAAAGGAAGUAUUAUAUGAUGUCUGGAUCUUGGUGUUUUUGUUAUAUUUGCUCCUCAUUUUUAUGUAAAUGUUGCAUAUUCUGUUUGUUA